GGCUGCUCAGGACCACACUUCGCCUCCUGGUCUCUGGCCAUCUUUUAGGCCCUUAACUGCUCCUAAGUGUCUCUGUCCACCCCUGGUAUCCUGGGCAGGAUCUCUUUCUCAGGGCUCCAGGCUCAUUAGUGGGUGUCAGAGAGAGGAGUCUUAAUCCGAUCAAAGGCAGCAGGAUAAGUGGCUGGACCAGCACCCUGCUGAGCCAGGUUCAGCCCUGGCACCUGUGGCUCCCUGAGACCUUACCGGCACCUGAACAGGAGAGUUGACCAGAACCCCUGCCUGGUCUGACCUCAGCCACUCAGGAGUCCAGGUCACUCUGAGGAAAUCCAGAAGCCAAGGGUCACUGUAGUGUCUCUGCCAGCCUCGCCAUGAACCUGGAGCCACCCAAGGCCGAGAUCCAGCCACCCACGAGGGUGGUUGGAGGACCUGUUACCCCCAGGAAAGGACCACCCAGAUUUAAGCAGCGGCAAACCAGGCAGUUUAAGAGCAAGCCACCCAAGAAGGGCAUCCAAGGGUUUGGGGAUGACAUCCCUGGAAUGGAAGGCCUGGGAACAGACAUCACGGUCAUCUGCCCAUGGGAAGCCUUCAACCAUCUGGAGCUGCACGAACUGGCCCAGUACGGCAUCAUCUAGCCAGACCUUCUGGGGUCCUGGACUCUGCAUGGCCUGCUGGAGCCCUGCUCAGGAUCCCUGCAGGGGGCCCCCAGCACAGCAGGCACCUGGCCUCCAGGCAGGGUGAUCUUAGGCCCUGGAUGCUAGUUGCCAGGAGCCCCCCUCCCCAGGACACCCUGCUGACCUCUUGUUGACCCUGGCCCACCCCCAAGCCUUCACCUCCUCCUGACUGGAACAGAGAGAGAACCCACACGUGUAUGUCCCCCACCGUCAGCCCCCUGUGCUGCUUUGUGCAGGUGAGGAGGCCCCCCCCUCAGCUCUUCCACCUGGCAUGGGUGGGCCAUGGUGGGAGUCCUGCUUUGCAAUGAGAGAAUGAGGCCCUUCAUCAUCAGCCUUUCCAAAAUGACCCACCCUCCUUGUCUCCAUACCAUAAUAAAAUGAGCAUGUCCCUGCUUGC